AUGGGGUUUCUAAAGUUAUCUACAAGUGCCGUUCUCCUCCUCAAUCUGUACCUUGCCCAGUCGGCUAGUGCUAGAAGCUGUGACGGCACGCAGGGAAUAACCCUGAAGAGCAACCAGGCGGUCAUCAAGGGUGUCCCCCAAUGUCCUGAAAAUGACGGCGACAUAAUCGAGACCAGUGAUGGUGGCUACUACACCUUCCAGUGUUGUAUGCACGAGUCUAAGGGAUCGACCUUGCUCAAAAAUGUGCCCACGACUGGGUAUGAUGACUGUAUCAACCAAUGCACCUUGACGGACAACUGUCAAGCGUUCCGCUAUGUCUUCGGCGCCAACGGUGACGAAAAGACUGGAGAUUGUAAACUUUAUGCAAGUGGUACUUUCUCAAAUGCAAAAUGUGGCAAUACACUACACGACUGGGCCUAUCUAACCGAUCCUCCGGUGGUUGAUGUCGCGGAGAAUUUGCGAGCAGCAUGCUCAACCGAGUGCCCAGAUGCAGAUGGCCAAAUCUAUACUGCCAAAAACAAACAGGUGUUCCACUUGGAUUGCCAGAAGCGCCAUGGGACAGCUUGGUUCCACAAGCUCGAUUCUAACUCCUUGAAGGAAUGUACCGAGUCUUGUGCCUCGUUCAUCGGAUGCCAGAGUGUCGAUUACCACAAGCGAACCAAGAAGUGCUACCUCGGCAAGCGUACCUCAAAGCCCACCCUUGACGCCCUCGGGUGGGCAUCUGCUUAUUCUCUCGGUUGCUCGGGAGCUUGCACUGAGGACUCUUGUGGUAAUACGUGUGGCUCAAUUGCCCCUCCAGUCAACGUAACUCCUCUACCGGAACAACAAGACCCUAUUGUCCCAGCCAACCCUCCAACGGAACAAGACCCCAUCCCAGCCAACCCCUCCACGCCUCCUGUGCCCAAAGAGGUUAAGUGCGACGACGACAACAACUCAGUGGUUGACUUAGACGGCACAAAGUACAAGAUUCUUUGCGGCAAACAAUACUAUGACGACAGCCGAUACGUAGCGUCUGGUAUCUCCUACACUGAAUGCCUGAAAUUGUGCAGCGCAGACCAGACUUGCAACUCGGCAGAUUACUGGGAUCCUAGUGGUGGACAGUCCUGCUAUCUUUUCAGUGGCACUGGAGAACCAACUUAUUCGACUGACAUGAACUGGGCUGCCGUCAAGGUUUGA